AUGGGGUGGUGCAUCGAGGGCGUCGCCCAAGAUUAUAUAUUUUCAAAUUCUUACCAGAUUCCUGCAGCGAUUGCUCGUGUGGUGCUCCCAUUGAUACAUCUUAGACUGCAGUAUGACGUUGAUACAAAUAAUCCUUCCAAGACAAAUAUGGUGCCAACUUUAAAUAUCUUCUAUGGGAUGGUGAUUAAUGAGGUUGCAAAAAGUCUCCUGGUUGACAAUAGCCCUGGGAUAGUUCAGAAUGUGUCUCUACUUUUGGAUUGGGGUCACCAACAUAAAAGAGUAAACCCACUUCUGGACACAAAUGAGGAAGAGCAACAACAGAAUGAUCUAUUUGUAAAUGCCACCGGUGACAAAACAGAAAGGGGAGAUGAAGUUCUGGACACUGGUAAACUGCUCGAAACACAAGAGCACUCAACCCAGCAAAUUGGUAAUAGUAACGAGCAUAACUUCUGGAUAGUCAAAUGGUGGCGACAAGUUUCUGAAUUGUGGUCAGUUCCCCACGAAGGACCAUUGACAGAGCAGGAUCUUCUCUCAGUAAUUGGUAUGUCCAUUAUUCAAAGCCUAGCUACUUAUGAACAAAGCAACUGUGCAGAGAUCAGCAAAGCGACUGAUCUCAUGUGGAAGAUCACAAGAUUCACAAGCUUUUGCAGAAGUGACACUAGAUAUACCGAAGCUGAAAAGAUGGCUCUAGUUCACUCAUCGUUGAAGCAAUUGUACAGAAAGCUCUCAGAGAUCCUGGGAGACAUCACAAGUCACUAUGAGACAAGGAAGUUGGCGGCAGAAAUUCUUAGAAACCUUGCUAUCGAUGCCAACAUGAGACAAGGGAUUGGGCGUGGCCAAAGGAUCAUUGCAAGAUUAAUGCAUGUGUUUCUCACUCCAGGCGAGUCCUCGAGUAGUAUAAAUGCAUGUGUUUCUCACUCCAGAGAAGCCCUAAGGAAGGUCGCAGGACAAGCAUUAGCAAUGUUGGCAAUAGGCAAUGUCGGCAACUGCCUGGCUAUGCUAAGGCAAACAGGGUAUUCAUUCAUCGAGGAACUCACAACCAUGGUCCAUGUUGAAAGGUAUAGAUGUGUUGCAGCAAGUUUGUUGAGGAGUGUGUGCAUGCAUGCUCGACCUGAGCUCAAAGAGACCGACUUGAAGCAACUAUGUUACAUCUCGCGGGUGGUGAGCAACCGAGCACAACUUAUCCAAGCUACUAUAUAUGUCUGCAAUGUCCAAACUAUGCAAAGGCUAAAACUACACCAUCUUCAUGGGUGA